AGCUCAGUGUGUCGUCGUGAGUGAGUCCAACAGGUCAGGGUCCGCACCAUCACACGAACUCACCUUUCUGCAGGUAGGCUUCAGCUCAGGGCGGCUCGAGGCUUCUAUUCUGCGGGUUUCACCUCCUCUCUCCUCACGAACUAUGCUCCACCUGUCUGCAGACAUGUUUGAGACAAGCAGUGACGAUCUGUUCCUGCCCUCCUACCAGGACGAGGAGCUGGUGGAGAACCUGCUGUCCACCGAGGACUCUGAUGGAGAAGUAGGUGGAGGUCUGUCUCUGGCGAAGGCGCUGCUCCCCCUGGUGGAGUCCUCCUCCCCGCCCCUCAUGCCGUGGCUCUUCUCAACUCGCUACAAGACAGAGCUCUGCACCAGCUACUCCGCCACCGGCUUCUGCAAGUAUGCCGAGCGCUGCCAGUUCGCCCACGGCCUCCACGAGCUCCACGUCCCCUUCAGGCACCCCAAGUACAAGACGGAGCUGUGCCGGAGCUACCACACCACUGGAUACUGUUACUAUGGCAACCGCUGCCUGUUUGUGCACAGCCCCACAGAGCAGCGCCCCACUGUACGCCACCGCAGGAACGUCCCCUGCCGCACUUUCAGGUCCUUUGGAGUCUGUCCGUUUGGAACACGCUGCAACUUCCUGCAUGUGGAGGGUGGCAGUGUGGACUCGCCUGAUGAUGUUGAGAAGACUCCGCCUCCUCCCAGCCCUCAGCUCCACCCGCCUCCUCAAACCAAAGAGUGGAAGCCUCGAGGAGCGCUGUGCCGCACCUUCAGCUCCUUCGGGUUCUGCCUGUAUGGAACCCGCUGCCGCUUCCAGCACGGCCUCCCAAGUAAGAUCAAACCCUCUGACCAAAACUCCCUGCCGUACCCCAGCAGCUCGGGACUACCCUCCCCCACCUCCCCUUUUACCUCCACCUCACCCAACUCCUCCACCUCCUGCUCUCCUCCCUCCAUCUCCCCGCUCGCCACCUCUCCUGCAGAGCCCACCGCCCACAACGCCUUCACCUUCUCCAGCCAGCACCUGAGCGACCUGCUGCUGCCACUCGCCCUGCACCUGCAGCAACUGGAGAGCAGCAAGGCCUCUGAGAUCUGGGACAACCGGGCUCUCUGACUGGACUGGGUCAGCACCAGAACCAGCAGCAGCACUAGCACCAACACAGCUCCUUUUUUUUUAAACAUUUUUUUUUUAAUCUGAGGACACUUAUAUUUUUAACUCGUGAGCUUGUGUCGGCAGGUCGUCAGGACUCCAGCUGCUCAGGUGUAGAUGAAGAGGUCUUCACGUGGUUCUGGACUGUCUCCUGAAACAUGUCAGGUGUAGCUAUGAGUGUAACUUUUUUAACUAUUGUAAAUACAUUAUUAUAGAACUGAGUAAAUGAAAUGUCUUGAGUUCAGUCUCAUGAAUAAACUCUUUAAAAACUAAA